AUGAGUAAAUUCCGAUUGAUGAAAUUUGGCACUCGUCUUCUCGAUCUCGAGACCACAUUGUUAUGCGGACAAACAUUCACAUGGAAACAUUUCAAAACAUCACAUUCAUCUUCCUUUGUCGGAGUUCUUGGAAAUCACGUGUUGGAAUUGACAACCAAGCCAAGUGCUCAUCUCAUAUUUCACAGCAACAACAACAACUCGGAUGAAAAUAAUACAAAAUUAAAAUUGGAAGAUAUGAAUAUAAAUGUAAAUGGUGCAUCGACUUGUUCGAGUGUUGGCUCUUCUUCCUCGAAUGAUCAUUCAGAAACAGAUCAGCAUGUUUAUUAUAGAAAAUUAUUUCCAAUGAACCAUUCUGAACCAUUCAAUGAAACACAAGAUGAAACUUCUCUUCAUGCAGAAAUUGAGCAAUUAAUGGAUGAAUUUUUCCAUUUCCAAACGUAUGACAUUGAUGCCUUACAUGAAACUUUUGCAACAUGCGAUCCAAAAUUAUUUGGAAAAAUUGUCAAGUAUUAUCAAGGAUGGAGAUUAUUGAAAUUGGAACCAAUUGAAACUCUGUUUUCGUUUAUUUGCAGUUCCAAUAAUAACGUUGCGAGAAUUACGAAAAUGGUUCAAUCGUUAUGUGAAGAUUAUGGAACGUAUUUGGGUCAAUUCAGUAUUGACGAAGGAAAAACAACAUUUCCAAUGUAUAAAUUCCCAACAUUGAACCAAUUAGAGAGCUGUACAGAACAGGCGUUAAAAGACAAAAAUUUUGGAUAUCGAGCGAAAUACAUCAUUCAAACCAUUCAAAAGUUAAAGAAAAAACCAGAAAAUUAUCUUGUUUCAUUGCAAAAUAAGGAACUAUAUCCCACCACUCACAGCGUUUUGGACGAAUUGAAGCAAUUUUCUGGAGUGGGAAUGAAAGUGGCUUCCUGUAUUGCAUUAUAUUGUUGCAAUCGAUUUGAUUGUGUUCCAACCGAUGUUCACAUUCUAAGAAUUGCCCGAAAUUGUUAUCCAUCCAUGAAGAAGUGUGUUCAAGAAAAGAAAACUCUCUCUGAAAAGGAUGUGAAAUUGGUCAUGAAAGAAUUUGUGAAUAUCUUUGGAGAAUAUGCUGGUCUUGCUCAAAUGAUUCUUUAUGGAAGUCAAUUAUCUGCAUUUAAGGAAAGAAUUCCACAAGAUGUGAGAACAAGUCUAUUUUCUGACGGAAACAAGAAGAGAUUGAAAAAAACGGAAAGUAGUGACGAAGAGGAGGACGAGGACGAACAGGAUUCAGAAAACACUUCUGACCAAGAUUCAUCCAAAGAUUCAGCCUCUUCAGAACGAGUGGAGAAAACUGAAUUGGAAGAGCAAGAACAAGCUCCCAAAAAGAGAAAAGUGGUCCAAUCAAGAAAGGCAACACGCAAGUAA